AUUAAAAGUAUAGAAGCACCAAAAUAACAUAAUUGAUACAGUAGAUGGGCCAAAUUGAGAUUGAUCUUUGGUAAAGAUAUUGUUUCCCUUUUAUUUUUUUUAUAUAAUUUUAAUUUUUUAUUAUAAAACAGAUUUUUUUGCUUUGAUGUUGGGCUUUGUUGCUGUGACUAUAUUUUGGUUAGAGUCAUUGAACUUUGGUAAAGUUGAGCCCGCAGGACUGUUCGGGCCUUGGUCUCACUCUCCUAUUUCAAAGCGCGGUUUUCAAACUUUUGCCCCUAGUGUUCCGUCCAAUUUACUGUCAUAACCUCUGGCGCGGGCUCAUAAGCCCAACUCCCGUUCCUCGUCUCUCCGGUUUAGACAAAAAAUGGCGCCGUUGAAAAAUCUAGAGACUGAGUAUCCAAUUAUAGACUCCAAUUUCCAAAAUUUCUGCGCCUCUCACGGCAUUUUCUCAGUUGAAGAUUUCCUGAUUCAUGAUCUCUAUAUGUUAGCCGCUUUUGCGGAACAAAAUGUUUCUUCAGAGAGAUUAAAGGAGGGAAUUACACAAAUUCUCUCUAUCAUAGAUGAUAUGCAUCAGCCAUGGUUGAAUGGGAUGGAAUUGUUGGAAGAUGCUAAAAGGAAUAAACAUUUCUUACCUACUGGAAUUCAAGGGGUUGAUUUGUUACUUGGAGGUGGGAUCCGUGUUGGCCAAUUAACUGAACUAGUUGGACCAUCAGCUUCUGGUAAAACACAAGUUUGCCUACAAACUGCAUCAAACGUUGCAAGGAAUUAUAUGAUGCUGUACUUAGAUACAGGCAACUCGUUUUCACCUCAACGCAUUGCAUACUUCCUUGGAAAGACCAAUGAGCUUGCAUCUGCUCAGGCCAAAAACCAAAUUCUGCAAAAAGUAAUGAGCAACAUAUUAUGUCACUCUGUGUUUGACAUUUUUGCGAUGUUUGAUGUGCUACAUCAGCUAGAAUCUAACUUGAGAUGUCAGGAAAGAGGAGGAGGCUGUCGGAUUCGAUUGCUAAUAGUUGAUUCAAUCUCAUUGUUGAUCGCACCUGUGCUUGGAGGCACCAGCACACGGGGACGUGCUUUGAUGGCAUCUGCUGGAUAUUUGCUUAAAAAGCUAGCACAUCAGCAUAAUCUUGCAGUACUUGUGAUUAAUCACACAGUGGGUAGCGAGGGAGGAACUUCCAAACCAGCUCUUGGAGAUAGUUGGAAGAGCAUUCCACAUUCAAGGCUUCUCCUCUCCUGUGACCGCGGGAGCAAUGUCUACAAUGUUUCCAUUUUAAAACACCCAUCCAUGGUAAUUAACCCAACAUAGAAGCUGGAACAGGAGAAUGUUUCAACUGUUACCAUUUGGUACUGGGAGGAGGGGUUGCCUUGGCAUUUCACUAAUCCUGUAAGAAAUGCCAACUGUGCUGGUUGCUAUUAUUCAAUGUUUUGAUUUACUACCUGCCGUUGUGCAUAAAAAUGGUAUCAGAGCUUGAAGCUUGCCAAGAUAGUGAGAAGAGAAUAUGUUUCUAAGCCUUGAUUAUUGAAGUUGGAAAAAGGAAGCCAAAAGAGAGUCUUAUUUUCAUGGAUCUAUCCACUAUUUGUAACUCUAGUUCUCAACCUUCUUAUUCUAGAUCUUCUUUUAGUUUGUCGUUUCCUCCUUCUUCUGUACUUAAAAAGUCUUCUUCUUCUAAGUUUAAGUUCUUAUAUGAAGUAGAGUAUAUCCCAGAAGAAAAGAAAACCUAACAAACAGUUCUUCCCCUUGUAAAUCCUUAUACAACUUUCUCAAACUUCUCCCAUUCUCUUACUAGAGCUUUAAAAACUCUUUUAAAACCAAAAUAUCAUGCUUCAAAAGAGUAUGUUCAAGCCACAAACUUUGAUCAAUGUAUUCUUUCAGCAGGACUUCAAGAAUACUUUGUUACUUUUCAGAUCCCAGAAAAAUUUUCUCAACAGUGGUCAGAACAAAGAUACUCAUAUCUACUUUGGUGCUAUCAAAAUAGCCUUAACUUUUCACGGCAGAAAUAGAAUUCCUUUAUGUUCCAGAAUGGCCUUGUUGGAUACAAGAUUUAAAGAACACAAGCAUACAGCCCUUGGCAUAGUUGAGACAACGCUCAAUGUAGGAACUGUCUUCUUCACAGUCUUCCCAAAUUAUAAUGUCUCUUCAUGAUCCAACACUGUUAGAUGCUUUAAAAGUUCAAGUCCAGAUCGUAGGCACAGAAAUGAAAGGACUUCAGGCAACCCUUCACUACCAGAUGGCUUAUAGAGUUCAAGAUCAUGCCAUUAACUUGCCUUUUUCACACUUUAGUGAUGCUGUUUUUGUCAAAAUGAAAGCAGCAGAUAGGAUUCCUAGACAUGUUCACAUUCCAAAGCAGAUCUCAAAUGAAGAACUUGUCACCCUUCUCCCAAAGACAUAUAUGACAAGUUAUCAAAAGAUUUGGAAGUAAGAUAAGCCAAUUGAACACUUUGAUCCAACCUACAAGACAAAUCAGGAUCGUACUGUCACAAUUGAAGUUUAAUCACAGCAAAGAAAAGGAUGUUCUUUCUCCAACAAUAUUUCCAACACAAUUUAUGAUGCAAAGAUGUCAAGCUGAUCUCCUUGAUGUUUCAGUCACACACUUUCAGUCCAAUGGAAAUCUCGUGUAUGCAUAUAGAUCUCCACAAAGACAUUGUUAUUGGGACAUAAAUUGCAAAUGCAAAGAAUGUCAGAUAGAUGCAUAUAGAAGCUUCCUUGAUAAUGAUGAUGUUUCAAAGAAGCAAAAGAAGAAAAAGUCUUCCUAGCAAAAGCUUAAAGAAAGAUAUGAGAAUGGAGACCUUGAAGUUGAUCUCCUUGGUGAACCCUCAGAAAAGUUUGACUACUAUAUCAUCUAUCCUAAAAAAGAAAAACCACUCCCUCAAACCUACCAAAAUCAAACCACACAAAAACUAGAUUUCACCCAACCUUUACCAUAAAUUUCCAUGAUGCAACCAACCUACCCAAGCUCAGAUUUUUCUCUUUUUCAAGAGUUUCACAAAGAUCAGUACAAACACAUUCCAAAAAUCUCAACUCCCACUGACAGAGAUGAAUAUGGGAACCAAAAAAGUGUUUUUCGUGCUGAAGUAAUUUUAAACUGGCAAAUUAAAAAUUCUCUCCAGCAGAAUGCAUACCUGCACAGAAUUGAACACAAGUUAGAUCAAGUCAGUCAUCAUUUUGAUCAGAGCCUUGUCAAUCUUCAAAAUAUUAUUCUUGAAAUUCAGUUAAUGAUAAUAACACUUGAUCAAGAACUUAGAUAUAUGGCUGAAACCAACACUAGAUUUACUUAUGCUUUCACUGAACGAGAGAAAGAAAUGAAGAGCCUAAAGAUUCAACUUUCAGACCUUUAAAAUCAGUUUUGUCAGAAACAACAAUAAUAGGCAGCCUCUAGUUACAACAUCUUCACACCACUUCACACUGGCAUGCAUGACACUCCUUACUAAGCUUAUACUCUUCCUUCAUUUCAACCAUACAAUCCUCCAACCUCCCUUUCAAAAUCUUUUUUCACACCUUUUCAGUACAAACCUCCCCCAACAUCCAUCCUAACAUCUUCACAACCAACAUAAUACUUCACUCCUAUCUCAGACAAACUAGAACAACCCCCAUUUGGUAUAAUUGAAAAAUUGAUUUAUAGAUUUCGAGAAAAAUAACCAGUUGAUCCAAAACCAAAAAAAGUUACAGAACAACCACUUUUUCAACCUUCAAAACCAAAACCAAGCUCAAGUUCAACACGUCAAAACCCUACACCACAACCAAACCAAAAACCUGUACAACUUAUGAUUUUUUCUACACAAACCCUUCUAGAAAUACUUCAUCAAAUGGCACAAGAUAAUCUCCUUCAAUUCUCCCUUGAAGAUAUUUUUUCUUCUACCUUUGAGAUUGAAUACCACAUGGAUAUUAUCAAAUCAGAUGACUUAGUUGAAGCAGAUGAUACUGAUGAUUCAGAUGAGAUAAUCCUCCCUCAGAUCUUUAUGAUAGAAUUAACAGUUGAAGUUUCAGAUGAUACUCCAGAAGUUCACAACCCUAAUGCAAUGGACACUGAACAACAUCCUCUUCUACAACAAUCACAUGUUCCUCCUUCGACCUCAAAGUUUUCAGUUUUUACCAUUGAUGAUAUUCUUCCUUCAAAAUGGCCCUCAAGGUUCCAAGAGUUCUUAGCAUGGGGACUAGUUGAAUUAAACUCUCAUCUCAAUGUUAUGAUGAACACAAUAUUGAUCAGAUUUAUUUUCACACUAGUUGAAACUUUGAAAAACUUUUGGGAUAACAUUAGUGAAUACAGACAAUUUCAGUUUCUUCAAUGCCCAAUAAUCACAGAAGCUGUCUUUCAAUUUGCAGCAAUCUUUUGUGGACAAGAAACUCACAGAUUGGAAAAGAUCAAAGAACAAUUCUUCAAACUAAAAUGUUGUUCUCUUCAUCCAAAAGAUUUUGACAGACACUAUCAACAAUUCUUUCAGUAUUUUUUCAUACUUAGUGGAUUUGAUGAUGUCCACUUAAAGCAAGCUUUUUUCAAUUCUGUUUCAAAAAAACUUACAUAGCAAACAAGGGCCCAGUUGAACUUCAGAUCUUUUGAUGUUAGAUCUAUGACUCUUAGAGAUAUCUAUAAGAUGAUGUUGAAAGCACUUGACAAGAUUUGUAAAGAGCAUAGAUACAUCAAAACCUUAGUGAACAACUUCAAAAAGUUAAAAAAGUCAUGCUCUUACUCUUUCUCAAGCCUUCAAAUCAAAUGUUCUUUCAAAGAUCUCACAUGUUUUUGCAGCAACAAGAAAAAGAAGCAUUUAAGAAGAUUCAGACCUUUCAGACCUCUAAUCUUUUUCAGACCCAGACAUAAAAAGCACUUCAGAUAUGCUGAUAAGCUCAAAAGAUUUCAAGUUUGCAAGAAAGAAGAAAGACCCAAAGAUCAAAAGUUUAAAAUGUUUUCGUAAAAAAUCAAGAUAUUUUGCAAAGAAUUACCUAAAGUCAGACAAAAAAUUAGUCUAAGAUGAUCCAAGACAUUGCUAAUAUCUUUGGUAUGAAUCUCUCAGAUGAUGAUCUUGAAUCAAUUUUCUCUCUUGAUGAUGAGCAAAAUGAAAGAUCUCUGUUUAUGAUUAAGCAUUUUGAUGAUACUGAGUUUGAAGAUUUAGAUUACUCAGAAUACUCAGAUGACUUUACGGAUGAUCAAUGUUAUAAGUAUAUGUCAGUCCAAGAACUUCAAAAAAUCCAAUCUCUCCAACCUCCAAAAUUGCCUUUAGCUUCAGUUCAGAUCUUCCCUCAUAAACAUUCUCUUCUCAUAACAGUCAGUUUUUUUUGACACUGGUGCAGUCCAAACCAUAACAAACUUUUUUUUUACCCAAAAACCUUUGGACAAAACAGAAAAUCUUCUUCAAAAUCGUUGAUGAGAAUGUAUUCUCUAUAGACUUUAUCAGUAAUCCUGUUAUCUUUCAAAUCUUUUCAGGUUGUCAAAUAACUCAAAAGAUUUUAAGAUCUUCACUUCCCCAGAAAGACCUUGUUAUUGGUUUUGAUAUCAUUAUCAGUAUAUCGGGUUUAAAAUUUAGUGAAAAAUGUAUCAAGUUUAAGUUAUUUUAGACCUUGAAAAAAUUUUCGCAAUCUCUUCACCCUAACUAUUCAACCAUAUGUUUUUCAAGAAUUUAGACAAAAGUUCAUUCAUUUUUCUUGUGUAGAAAAUCAUUCGGACUUCCUCCAGAAAUGUGACCAUCCAUUUUGGAAAAAUCCUGAAUUUUUUAUUUUUCUUUAAAAAAAGAUGAAAAUGUCAAUCCCACAAAAGCUAGUCAUUCGGGCAUGAACCCAGAUCAUUUUAAGAUGACAAUCCAAGAAUGUUUACUUCUCUUGGCUCAAGGAUUAAUUGAACCAACCUCUCCAUGAGAAUGUGAAGCGUUUUAUGUCAACAAACGUUCAGAACAAGUUCGUGGAAAAUUAAGAUUGAUAAUUAAUUACAAGCCUCUAAACAUUUUCUUUACAGAUAAGUUUUCUCUUUCAGAUAGAAAAACUUUGUUUGCAAAUUUGACAAAUGCGAAAGUCUUCUCAAAAUUUUCUCAAAGUAAGAUUUUGGCAAUUAGGUAUAUAUCUACAGAUCAGAUACAAAAUGGCGUUUUGCAUUUCUUAACAUCAUUUUCAGUGGAUAGUAAUAUCUUUUGGAUUAAAAGUUGCUCUUUCACUGUUCCAGAAAGCAAUGACGAAGAUAUUUGCUUCAAUUCUUGAUAAUGCUUUGAUCUACAUUGAUGAUAUCUUACUGUUAUCUUUAAAUGUCACAUCUCAUACACAGUUAUUGGAUAAGUUUCAGUAAAUUGUUCAACAAUAUGGGAUAAUACUUUUAAAGAAAAAGAUGAUCAUUGGUGCUUUAGAAAUUGAUUUCUUAGGCAUGCCUCUACAAGAUGGUUAGUAUAUAGCUCAACCUCACAUUACUCAGAUACUUGCAUAUUUUUUUGAUGAAAAUUUUUUAAAGAAGCAAAUUCAGUAAUUUUUUGGUAUAGUAAAUUACAUGAGUUAAUUUUUCUCAGAUUUUGCACAGUUAACUCAUCUCAGAUAAAUGCUCAAGAAAAAAUCAUUCAUGUGGUCUCAAAAAUAGACAAAUGCAGUAUAGACCUUGAAGAUAAAAGCAAAGUCACUUUCAACUUUAAAGAUUUCUUUUGAUGAAAAAAUGAUACUUUAGAUAGAUGCAAGUGAACAGUUUUGGUCAAUAAUUCUUUUAAAAGAAAAAGAUGAAAACAGACAAAUCUGUGGUUACAAGAGUAAAAAAUUCAAAGAUUCGAAACUCUAUUAUCAUUCUACACUAAAAGAGAUUUUAGUUGUAAAGUAUGUAAUCCAAAGAUUUGAAUUUCACCUUAUUAGAUAUCACUUUUUUAUGAAAUUAGAUGUCAGCUUUUGAUCAGAUGUUCAAUUUCAAAAAGAAAAAAAAUGUCAAAUGCAUAGUUAUGCAGGCUAUCAUAGUGGUUCUUACAAUACUCAUUCAUCAUAGCACAUAUAAAAGGUAAAGAUAAUCUCAUUUCAGGCAUGCUCACAAGAGCUCCUUCAAACACCUUACAGAUCAUUUCAGUCAUUUUUAUGAUGAAUCUAACACCUUCUUCUUCACAAGCCUCAUGCUAAAAACACCAUUUUUUUUUCUUCUCAGAAAUCUCACUUUGAUGAAUUUGAUUUACUUGCUGAAGUUUUUAACUUUUCAAUGAAAAAUCUUUCUUCAGAGUUACCACGACUUCUUGCCACUCAAACCCUUGACCAAAAAGCCUUACAUCUAUUAUUCAAAUACCAGUAAAAAAUACUCAAGAUAGUUUGGAGACACCUUUAUUCAAUCUCUUGGUAUAUACCCUGACUAUCUUUUCAUCCAUCCAUCUAAAUUCCUUGAACCACUUUGUUUCCCGAAAGAAACAGUUUGUUUUAUGUGGUAUCUUUGUUACCUUUACUAUAUUGCUGUAGAAUUCACUCCCAAAGCUCAAAACCCUUCUCUACCUUUUUCAGCAGUUAAACCAUCAACCAUAUCAAACACUAGCUGAACCUCAGUCAGCAACAUCUCAAGUUUUUCUUCACUUGGUUCAGACCCAUUUCCAUUUGGAUUCAAUGGAUUGAAACCUAUGAGCGAUAUACAGAAGUUCUUCUUGACCUUCAUAUUGUUUUAAUCUUUCACAGAUCUUGCAGUUGUUUGACAAAAGAUUCACAGUAUUUUUUCUAUGCAGUAAUUUAUAGCUCUCAAGGUUAUUCGCUGUUUGAUUCAUAGUUUGAUCACCUCGUUGAAUACACUGAAUUUCAGAGAUAAAUUUGUGAAAUGAAUCACAAAAUUCUCAAGUAAAAUUGGUCAGAGCUCCAAGAUGAAGUUUCAUGGGGAAAUUAUCCUUCAAAAUACAAUUAUUAGCUUAAAAUUGAUAAAAAGAUUUAUGAAACUAAACUUGAUGGUGUUUGGACAAAACUUCUUUCUGAAACUACUAGAUUUGAAUUUGAUCAUGCAGGACUAGUAAAAUAGAAUUCUUACUGGAAACCUUUUGAAAUUCUACCACAAAUGGAAUGGCAAGAAUCUCAAGACCCUUUUGAAGAUUUUGAUCCAGAUCAAUGGUUAGAAAUCAUAGGUUAUGAUUUUACACCAGGAGUAGACAAUUCACACCUCAAUCUCUUUCUAGAACACACUUAUCAUUCUCUCAAAUGAUGUUCAUGUAAAAAAGACACUCAUGAUGCUCCAAGACAGAAGAUUUUCUGUUUCAGUUCAAUUAUGUGUAAUUACGUGUGAUAAUUUUAAUUUCUCUAGAAGACUCAUAAAGUUGAUUAUGAUGCUUUCACAUCAAGAUAACUUUAUGUCAAGUCUUUAUCAACUUUAUCUAAGUUAUGUUUACUUUAUGAGUCACUUUUACUUUAUGUCAAAUAAGUGAUGAGUCAUCUAACUUUAGCUUUAUGUUAAGUCACUUGUAAAGUUGUAAUUAUACUUUGUCCUAGCUUUGUCCUAUUAAGUUACUAUUCUUUUACUUUUUUCUUGUAUAAAUAGGAUGCUACUUCUUCAAGAAGGUAUCAAGAUUUCUCUAAAAAAGCAUCAAGAAAGAAAUUCUUGUAACAAAUUUUUUUUUAUAAAAUAUGUUUGGCUAAAAACCUUUUUUCUCUUUUGGUAAUUCUAUCUUCCUUCUUUCAUAGUUAAAGCUUUAGCUUCAUGUUUUUCUUCAAGUUAUUUCAUAGUUUGCAGUGAUACAAGUUAAGUAUGCUUUGCAGUUGCCAUAAUAUUAUGGAUCUUCUGCAUAAAAAAUUUUUGUUAAAUUGUUAAAUAGAUCAUUGAUCUUUUUUCCUCAGUCAAAGAAAAUUAUACUGACCCAAGAUCAUACUAAUAGUAAGUUAUUAUAGUGAAAGACAUCUUCAUAAAAGUCAGGUCCCUAGUUCGAUGUUAAGCCAGAAAAGUAUCAGAAUCUUGAACACCGAUUAGAAUACUUUGAUUAUAUGCCUGAUCUAUAAAACGUUUAUGAUUGGUAUUAUCUUGACAAGUUGAUCGAUUUACACGCUGUUGAAAUAGUAUCAGAUAGUAUUGUCAAGAUUUUACUACCCGAAGAGCUCGAAAUUGAAGCCGUCAAUUGUCAGAAUUUUGGUCGUAUUACCUGUCGCUGUGAAUAAAAACGGUUAGAAUAGCUUGGUUAUAUGUUUGAUUUAUGAAAUGCUUAUGGUUGGUAUUAUUUUGAUAAGUUGAUCUAUCUAUACGUUAUUGAAAUAGUAUCAGAUAGUAUUGUCAAGAUUUUACUACCCGGAGAGCCCGAAAUUGAAGUCGUCAGUUGUCAAAGUUUUGGUUGUACUACCUGUCAUUGUGCGUAAAAAUGCUGUGCAGGUAGUACGAGCAAGGCUUUGAUAAUUGACGACUUCAAUUUCGGGCUCUUUGAGUAAUAAAAUUUUGACAAUACUAUCUGAUACUAUUUUAAUAGCGUGUAGAUCGAUCAACUUGUCCAGAUAAUACCAAUCAUAAGCGUUUCAUAGAUUAGACAUAUAACUAAAGUAUUUUAGUCGGUGUUCAAGACUGACGUUUUCUUGGCUUAACGUCGAAUUGGGGGCCUAACUUUUAUGGAGAUAUGUUUUUCAUUAUAGUAACUUACUAUUAGUAUGAUUUUGGUUCAGUAUAACUUUGGUUGAGAAAAAGGGAUCAAUGAUCUGUUUAACGAUUUAACAAGAAUUUUUGAUGCAGAGGAUCCAUAAUAUUAUGAAAAUUGUAGAGCAUACUCAAUUUGUAUCACUGCAAACUAUAGAAUAACUUGAAGAAAAAUAUGAAGCUAGAGCUUUAACUAUGAAAGAAGUAACUAUGAAAGAAGGAAGAUGGAAUUAUUAAAAGAGAAGAAAAAUUUUUAGCCAAACAUAUUUUAUAAAGAAAAGUUUGUUAUAAGGAUUUCUUUCUUGAUGCUUUCUUGGAGAAGUCUUGAUAUUUUCUUGAAAAAGUAGCAUCCUAUUUAUAUAAAGAAAAAGUAAAAGAAUAGUAACCUAAUAGGACAAGGUUAUGACAAAGCAUAAUUACAACUUUACAAGUGACUUGACAUAAAGUUAAAGUAAAGGUGACUCAUAAAGUAGACAUGACUUGACUUAGAAAUAAAGUUGAUAAAGACUUGACAUAAAGUUAUCUUGAUGUGGAGGUAUCAUAAUAAACCUUUUAGAGUUUUUUGAAAAAAUUGAAAUUAUCACGUAAUUAUAUAUAAUUGGACUGGAACAGGAAAUCUUCUGUCUUAGAGCACCAUGAGUGUCUUUUUUACAUGAGCAUCAUUUGAGAGAAUGAUAAGUGUGUUCUGAAGAGAGGUUGAGGUGUGAAUUGUCUACUCUUGGUGUGAAAUCAUAGCCUAUGAUUUCUAACCAUUGAUCUAGAUCAAAAUCUUUAAAAAGGUCUUGGGAUUUUUGUCAUUCUAUUUGUGGUAAAAUUUCAGGAGAAAAAUUGUGAACUGGAAAGACUAGUUGGAAAUUCAGAUAUGAAGACUUGACAUAAAGUUAUCUUGAUGUGGAGGCAUCAUAAUCAACUUUUUGGAGUCUUUUGAAAAAAUUGAAAUUAUCACACGUAAUUAUACAUAAUUGGACAGGAAUAGGAAAUUUUUUUGUCUUGGAGCAUCAUGAGUGUCUUUCUUACAUGAGCAUCAUUUAAGAUAACGAUAAGUGUGUUCUGGAGAGAAGUUGAGGUGUGAGUUGUCUGUUCUUGGUGUGAAAUCAUAGCCUAUGAUUUCUAACCAUUGAUCUGGAUCAAAAUCUUCAAAAGGGUCUUGGGAUUCUUGUCAUUCCAUUUGUGAUAAAUUUCAGGAGAAAAGCUGUGAACUGGAAAGAUUGGUUGGAAAUUCGGAUCUGAAACAAAAGGUUUGUAUUUUGGGUUGUUAAGGUAAGGGUAGAGAAAAAGAUUGGUUACCGUUUGAGGAACAGGAUCAAAGAAGGGUAAAGGUAAAGAUAAAGAGGUCAUCAUGCAAAUGACUGGAAUGAUCUGCAAGGUGUUUGAAGGAGGUGUUGUGAGCAUCUCUGGAUUGAGGUUAUCUUUGCUUUUUAUAUGUGUUGUGGUGAAGGAGUAUUGUGAGAACCACUGUGAUAGCCUGAGUAACUGUGCAUUUGAUAUUUUUUUCUUUUUAAAAUUGAACAUCUGAUCAAAGACUGACAUAUCUAAUUCCACAAGAAAGUGAUAUCCAAUAAGGUAAAAUUCAAAUAUUUGGAUUUCAUACUUUACAGCUAAAAUCUCUUUUAGUGUAAAGUGAUAAUGGAGUUUCGAAUCUUUAAAUUUUCCACUCUUGUAACUACAGAUUUGUCUGUUUUCAUUUUUUUCCUUCUAAAAGAAUUGCUGACCAAAAUUAUUCACUUGCAUCUGUCUGCAGUAAUCUUUUUUCAUCAGAGGAAAUUUUUAAAGUUGGAAGUGACUUUGCUUUUAUCUUUAAGGUCUGUGUUGCAUUUGUUUGUUUUUAGGACCACGUGGGUGGUUUUUUCUUGAGCAUUUGUCUAAGAGGAUGAGUUAAUUGUGCAAGAUCUAAGAAAAAUUUACUCAUGUAAUUUAUUAUACUGAGAAAUUAUUGGAUUUGCUUUUUUGAAAGAUUUUCAUCAGAAAAAUCUACAAGUGUUUGAGCAAUGUGGGGUUGAGCUAUGUACUUUCAUAUUUUAGAUACAUGCCUAAGAAAUCAAUUUUUGAAGCAUCAAUGAUCAUCUUUUUCUUUGAGAUCAUUAUCCUAUACUGUUAAACAAUUUGUUAGAACUUAUCCAAUAAUUAUGUAUGAGAUGUGACAUUUGGAGAGAACAGUAAGAUAUCAUCAAUGUAGAUCAAAGCAUUAGCAAGAAUUCGAGCAAAUAUCUUCGUCAUUCUUUUAUGGAAUAUUGAAAAAGCAAUUUUUAAUCCAAAAGAUAUUACUAUCCACUGGAAAUGGUGUUGAGGAAUGCAAAAUGUCAUUUUGUAUCUGUCCUGUGGAUGUAUACUUAAUUGUUAAAAUCUUGCUUUGAGGUCAAACUUUAAGAAGAUUUUCGCAUUUGCGAAAUUUACAAACAAAAUUUUUUUCUCUGGAAGAGGGAACUUAUCAUCUGCAAGGAAAAUGUUUAGAGGCUUGUAAUUAAUCACCAAUAUUAAAUUUUCACGAACUUGUUCUGAACGCUUGUUAACAUAAAACGUUUCACAUGCCCAUGGAAAAAAGGUUGGUUCAAUUAAUCCUUGAGCUUGGAGAAGUGAACAUUCUUGGAUUGCCAGCUUGAAAUGAUCUGAGUUCAUGCUUGAAUAACUAGCUUUUGUGAGAUUGACAUUUUUAUCUUUUUUGAAAGGAAGGGAAAUGAAAAAUUCAGGGUUUUUUCAAAGUGGGUGGUCACAUUUCUAGAGGAAGUCUGAAUGAUUUUCUGCACAAGAAAAGUGAAUGAACUUUUGUCUAAAUUCCUGAAAAAUAUUUGGUUGAAUAGUUAGGGUGAAAAGAUUGCGAAGGUUUUUCUAAGGUCUAAAAUAACUUUCAAACUUGAUACUUUUUUCACUAAGUUUUAAACCUGGUAUACUGGUAAUGAUAUCAAAACCAAUAACAAGGUCUUUCUGGGGAAGUGGAGAUCUUAAAAUCUUUUGAGUUAUUUGACAACGUGGAAAGAUUUGAAGGGUAACAGGGUUGUUGAUAAAGUUUGUAAAGAAUACAUUCUCAUCAACGAUUUUGAAGAAAAUUUUUUGUUUUGUCCAAAAGUUUUUGGGUAAGACAAAGGGGUUUGCUAUAGUUUGAGCUGCACUAGUGUUAAAAAAGGUUGUGACGUUAUGGGAGGAGAAUGUUUGUGAGGGAAGAUUUGAACUGGAGUUAAAGGAAAUUUUGGAGGUUAUAGAGUUUGAAUUUUUUUGAAGUUCUUGGAUUGACAUAUACUGAUAACAUUGAUAAUCUGUGAAGUCAUCUAAGUAUUUUGAGUAAUCUGAAUCUUCAAACUUAGUAUCAUUAAGCUGCUUAAUCAUAAAUAGAGAUCUUUCAUUCUACUCAUCAUGAAGGGAAAAACUUGAUCCAAGAUCAGCAUCUGAGAGAUUGAUACCAGAGAUAUUAGUAAUGUCUUGGAUCAUCUUGACUGAUUUUUUAUCUGAUUUUGGGUAAUUCUUUGAAAAAUGUCUUGAUUUUUCACAAAAAAAUAUUUUAAACUUUUGAUCUUUGGGUCUUUCUUCUUUCGUGCACACUUGAAUCUUUGAAAUUUUCUGGGUUUAUUAGCAUAUUUGAAGAGCUUUUUAUGUCUGGGUCUGGAGAAGAUUGGAGGUCUGAAAGGUCUGAAUCUUGUGAAAUGUUUUUUUUUUUGUUGCUGUAAAAACAUGUGGGAUCUUUGGAAGAACAUUUGAUUUAAAGGGCUGAAGAGGAGUCAGAGCAUGGCUUUUCUAACUUUUUAGAGUUGUUCACCAAGGUUUUGAUGUAUUUGUGUUCUUUGCAAAUCUUAUCAAGUUCUUUUAACAUCAUCUUGUAGAUAUCUCCAAGACUCAUAGAUCUAACAUCAAUAGAUCUGAGGUUCAACUGGGUCUUUGUUUGCUGUGCAAGUUUUUUUGAAACAGAAUUGAGAAAGGCUUACUUUAAGUUGACAUAAUCAAAUCCACAAAGUAUGUAAAAAUACUAGAAGAAUUGUUGAUAGUGUCUGUCAAGGUCUUUUGGAUGAAGAGAACAACAUUUUAGUUUGAAGAAUUUUUCUCUAAUAUUUUUCAAUCUGUGAGUUUCUUGUCCAUAAAAGAUUACUGCAAAUUGGGAGACAGCUUCUGUGAUUAUUGGGCAUUGAAGAAACUGGAGUCGUCUGUAUUCAUCAAUGUUAUCCUAAAAAGUUUUCAGAGUUCUAACUAGUCUGAAAAUAAAUUUGAUCAAUAUUGUGUUCAUUAUAACAUUAGGAUGAGAGUUUAAUUCAACUAGUCCCUAUGCUAAGAACUCUUGGAACCUUAGGGCUAUUUUGAAGGAGGAAUAUCAUCAAUGGUAAAAAUUGAGAACUUUGAUGUCGAAGGAGGAACAUGUUAUUGUUGUAGAGGAGGAUGUUGUUCAGUGUCCAUUGCAUCAGGAUUGUGAACUUCUGAAGUAUCAUCUAGAACUUCAAUUGUUGGUUCUGUCAUGAAGAUUUAAGAGAGUAUUAUCUCGUCUAAGUCAUCAGUAUCAUCUGCUUCAACUGAGUCAUCUGAUUUGACAGUGUCCAUGUGUGAUUCAGUCUCAAAAGUAGAAGGAAAAAAUCUUCAAAGGAGAAUUGAAGGAGAUUGUCUUGUGCCAUUUGAUGAAGUAUUUCUGAAAAGGUUUGUGUAAGAGAAAUCAUGAGUUGUACAGGUUUUUGGUUUGGUUGUGGUGUAGGGUUUUAAGGUGUGGAACUUGAGCUUGGUUUUGGUUUUGAAAGUUGAUAAAGUGGUUGUUCUGUAAUUUUUUUUUGGUUUUGGAUCAAUUGGUUAUUUUGUUCAAAAUCUGUAAAUCUAUUUUUCAAUUGUACCAAAGGGAAGUUAUUCUGGUUGGUUUGAGAUAGGAGUGAAGUGUUGUGUUGGUUGUGAGGAUGUUGGGAUGGAUGUUGGGAGAGAUUUGUACUGAAAAGGUGUGAAAUUUUUUUUGGAGAUGUUAUAAUUAGAGGUUGCCUGUUGCUGUUGUUUAUGACGAAAUUGAUUUUGAAGGUCUGUAAGUUGAAUCUUUAGGCUUUUCAUUUCUUUUUCUUAUUAGGUGAAAGUAUAAGUGAAUCCAGUGUUGGUUUCAGCCAUAUAUCUGAGUUCUUGAUCAAGUGUUAUGAUCCUUGUAUGAAUUUCAAGAAUAAUAUUUUAAAGAUUGACAAGGCUCUGAUCAAAAUGAUGAUUGACUUGGGUCAACUUGUGUUCAAUUCUGUGCAGGUAUGCAUUCUGCUGGAGAGAAUUUUUAGUUUGUCAGUUUAAAACUGCUUCAGCACGAAAAACACUUUUUUGGUUUUCAUAUUCAUCUGUUAGUGGGAGUUAGGAUUUUUGAAAUGUGUUUAUACUGGUCUUUGUGAAACUCUUGAAAAGGAGAGAAAUAUGAGCUUGGGUAGGUUGGUUGCAUUAUGGAAAUUUAUGGUAAAGGUUGGGUGGAAUCUGGUUUUUGUGUGGUUUGAUUUGGGUAGGUUUGAGGGAAUGGUUUUUUUUUUUUUUAGGAUAGAUGACAUAGUAGUCAAACUUUCCUGAGGGUUCACCAAAGAGAUCAACUUCAGGGUAUCAAUUCUCAUAUUUUUUUUUAAGCUUUUGCUAGAAAGAUUUUUUUUUCUUUUGCUUUUUUGAAACAUCAUCAUCAUCCAGAAAGCUACUAUAUGCAUCUAUCCGACAUUCUUUGCAUUUGCAAUUUAUGUCUCAAUAACAAUGUCCUUGUGGAGAUCUAUAUGCAUACCCGAGAUUUUUAUUGAACUGAAAGUGUGUGACUGAAACAUCAAAGAGAUUAGCUUGACAUCUUUGCAUCAUGAAUUGUGUUGAAAAGAUUGUUGGAGAAGGAACAUCCUUUCUUUUGUUGUGAUCAAACUCAAUUGUGACAAUACCAUCCUGAUUUGUCUUAUAGGUUGGAUCAAAGUGUUCAGUUGGGUCAUCUUGCUUCCAAAUCUUUUGAUAACUUGUCAUCCAUAUUUUUGGGAGAAGGGUGGCAAGUUCUUCAUUUGAUUUUUGCUUUGGAAUGUGAACAUGUCUCGGAGUCUUAUCUGCUGCUUCCAUUUUGACAUAAAUAGCAUCACUAUAGUGUGAAAGAGGCAAGUUAAUGGCAUGAUCUUGAACUCUAUAUGCCAUCUGGUAGUGAAGGGUUACCUGGAGUCCUUUCAUUUCUGUGCCUACGAUCUGGACUUGAACUUUUAAAGCAUCUAAUAGUGUUAGAUCAUGAAGAGACAUUAUAAUUGAAAAGACUAUGAAGAAGACAGUUCUUGCAUUAAGCGUUGUCUCAACUAUGCCAAAGACUGCAUGCUUGUAUUCUUUAAAUCUUGUGUCCAACAAGGCCAUUUUGGUACAUACAGGAAUUUUAUUUCUGUCGUGAAAGGUUAAGGCUAUUCUGAUAGCACUAAAGUGGAUAUAAGUGUAUCCUUGUUCUAAUCACUGUUGAGAAAAUUCUUCUGGGAUCUGAAGAGUAACAAAGUGCUUUUGAGGUCCUGUUAGAAGAAUACAUUAAUCAAAGUUUGUGGCUUGAACAUACUUUUUUGGAGCUUGGUAUUUUGAUUUUAAAAGAGUUUUUAAAGAUCUAGUAAGAAAAAGGAAGGAGUUGGAGAAAGUUGUAUAAGGAUUUACAAGGGAAAGAAUGUUUGUUGGGUUUUUUUUUCUUCUAAGAUAUAAUCUACUUCAUAUAAGCACUUAAACUUAGAAGAGAAAGACUUUUUAAGUAUAAAAGAAAGAGGAGAAGAUAAACUAAAAGAAGAUCUAGAAGAAGAAGGUUGAGAACUAGAGUUACUAAUAGUUGAUAGUUCCAUGAAAAUAAGACUUUCUUUUAGCUUUUUCUUUUUCUUUUCACUAUUUUGGCAAGCUUCAAGCUUUGAUAUCAUUUCUAUGCAUAGCGACAGGUAAUACGACUAAGACUGGCAACUGACAGUUUUAGUUUCGGACUCUCCGGGUAGUAAAAUCUUGACAAUACAAUUUGAUACUAUUUUAACAGCGUGUAGAUCGAUCAACUUGUCAAGAUAAUACCAACCAUAAGCGUUUCAUAGAUCAGACAUAUAAGCAAGGUAUUCUAGCUGGUGUUUAACACUCUGACGUUUUUCUAGCUUAACGUCGAACUGGAGGCUUGACUUUUAUAGAGAUAUGUCUUUCACUAUAGUAACUUACUAUUAGUAUGAUCUCGGAUCAGUAUAACUUUUUUUUUGUUGAGGAAAAGGGAUUAAUGAUCUGUUUAACAGUUUAACAAGAAUUUUUAAUGCAGAGGAUCCAUAAUAUUAUGGCAAUUACAGAGCAUACUCAACUUGUAUCAUUGCAAACUAUAGAAUAGCUUGAAGAAAAACAUGAAGCUAAAGCUUUAACUAUGGAAGAAGUAAGAUGGAAUUACCAAAAGAGAAGAAAGGUUUUUAGUUAAGCAUAUUUUAUAAAGAAAAGUUUGUUACAAGGAUUUCUUUCUUGAUGCUUUCUUGGUGAAGUCUUGAUUUUUUCUUGGAGAAGUAGCAUCCUAUUUAUACAAGGGAAAAGUAAAAGAAUAGUAACCUAAUAGGACAAGGCUAGGACAAAUCAUAAUUACAACUUUACAAGUGACUUGACAUAAAGCUAAAGUAAGGUGACUCAUCACUAUUACUCAUCACUUAUUUGACAUAAAGUAAAUGUGACUUAUAAAGUAGACAUAACUUGACUUAGAAAUAAAGUUGAUAAAGACUUGACAUAAAGUUAUCUUGAUAUGGAGGCAUCAUAAUCAACUUUAAGAGUUUUCUAGAGAAACUGAAAUUAUCACACGUAAUUAUACAUUAUUGGAUUGGAACAAGAAAUCCUGUCUUGUAGCACCGUGAGUGUCUUUAUUAUGAGAAAUUUUCAAGGUACUGAAGAACGAGACAAUCAUCUACCCAUCUGUAUAGUUUUUGUUCAAAAUCAUCAAGAUUAGAAUCACAAUGUUGGAAUAGGUGAUUGUAGACUCUGUGUUCAAAUCUUGCUUGAAGUCUGAAGAGAUCUUUUUCAUUAUGCCAGUAAGGGUUUGUUGAAAGUUUUGCUAGCUCUGAAAGAAUGUGGAGAUCAAAAUUAACAAGUCGUUGCAAUAAAUCACUCCACCAAGUGUCGUAGGGUGGUUCAGGGGUCCAAUGUGCCAGGUGAUUAUGUAAUUCUUAGAUGUAUUCUGGAGGGUACCACCACCAUGGUUCUUUCUUGAAAAGAGAAAGUUCUGCAUGAAUUGGGAUAUUGUUGAUUUUAUAGUCUUUUUAACAGGAGCUUGUACUUAUGAGCGUAGAGGAAGAUAGAUUUGUACAAAGAGUAUGGAUUACACAGAUACAGGUCAGAGUGGGUUUGAAAGAGUGCAUAAUUUUCAUAGAGUUCACAAGGGUAGUGGAAGAAGAAGAUAACAUGAUAGUGUUACGAAAAAUGUUUGGUGGCAGAAUACCAAGUAUGAAAGGGUUUAAACCACUUCAAGAAAUUUCUUAAAUGAAUAUCAGCUUCAUAAAGAAAGUCAUUAUGAGAAAAAGUGACUGUGACAAAAUUGAGUUCAAAGGAGUUAAACUCAAUGGUAAUGAUGUGGAGUUGGCAUAAAUAUCAUACAAGAACUAAAGCUUCUUUGAAUAUACCGACGGUAUGAAAAAUCUAGAACAAGUGUAGAAAAGGGAAUUGAGGAUGAAAGCCAAUAGGUCUGAGGCCAUGAUCACUUCAUUUUCUGAUGAGUAUAGCCUGUAUUUUGUAGAUGAGAUCAUGAGCACAUCUUUCAAGUGUCUUUUUGGUAAUGAUCUGUUAAAUUUCAGGAGGAAGGUUGUGAACUGAAAAAACUAAUUGGAAAUCCAGAUCUGGAAUAAAAAGUUUAUAUUUCGGGUUGUAAAGGUAAGGGUAGAGAAAAAGAUUGGUUACCGUUUGAGGAACAUGAUCAAAUGAGGGUGAGGGUAAAGGUAAAGGUAAGGAGGUCAUCAUGCAAAUGACUAGAAUGAUCUACAAGGUGUUUGAAGGAGGUCUUGUCAGCAUGUCUGGAUGAGGUUAUCUUUGCCUUUUAUAUGUGCGGUGGUGAAAGAGUACUGUGAGAACCACUGUGAUAGCCUGAGUAACUGUGCAUUUGGUAUUUUUUUCUUUUUGAAAUUGAGCAUCUGAUCAAAAGUUGACUUAUCUAAUUUCACAAGAAAGUGAUAUCCAAUGAGGUAAAAUUCAAAUCUUUGGAAUCUAUACCUUAUAGCUAAAAUCUCUUUUAUUGUAGAGUGAUAAUGGAGUUUUGAAUCUUUAAAUUUUUUACUCUUAUAACAACAGAUUUAUCUAUUUCCAUCUUUUUCUUCUAAAAGUAUUGUUGACCAAAAUUGUUCACUUGCAUAUAUCUGUAGUAACCUUUUUUCAUCGUAGGAAAUCUUUAAAGUUGAAAGUGACUUUGCUUUUAUCUUCAAGGUCUGUAAUAUAUUUGUCUAUUUUUGGGACCAUGUGGAUAGUUCUUUUUUGAGCAUUUGUCUGAGAGGAUGAGUUAACUGUGCAAAAUUUGGAAAAAAUUCACUUAUGUAAUUUAUUAUACAGAAAAAUUACUGGAUUUGCUUCUUUGAAAGAUUUUCAUAAAAAAAAUCUGUAAGUGUUUGAGUAAUGUGGAGUUGAGCUAUGUACUGUUCAUCUUUUAGAUGCAUGCUAAGAAAUCAAUUUUUGAAGCACCAAUGAUCAUCUUUUUCUUUGAGAGCAUUAUCCUAUACUGUUAAACAAUUUGCUGAAACUUAUCCAAUAACUGUGUAUGAUAUGUGACAUCUGAAAAGAAUAAUAAGAUAUCAUCACUGUAGAUCAAUGUAUUAUCAAGAAUUAUAGCAAAUAUCUGCGUCAUUACUUUUUGGAACAGUGAAAGAGUAAUUUUUAAUUCAAAAAGCAUUAAUUGUCCACUGAAAAUGGUGUUGAGGAAUGCAAAACGUCGUUUUAUAUCUAUCAUGUGGAUGUAUACCUAAUUGUUAAAAUCUUAUUUUGAGGUCAAACUUUGAGAAGACUUUCGUAUUUGCCAAAUUUACAAACAAAGUUUUUUUGUCUGGAAGAGGAAACUUAUCAUCUGCAAAGAAAAUAUUUAAAGGCUUGUAAUUAAUCACCAAUCUUAAUUUUUCAUGAACUUAUUUUGAACGCUUAUUGACAUAAAAUACUUCACAUGUCAAUGGAGAGGAAGUUGGUUCAAUUAAUCCUUGAGCUUGGAGAAGUGAACAUUCUUGGAUUGUCAGCUUGAAAUGAUUUGGGUUCAUGCCUGAAUGAUUAGCUUUUGUGGGAUUGACAUUUUCAUCUUUUUUGAAAGGAAAGGAAAUGAAAAAUUCAGGGUUUUUUCAAAGUGGGUGGUCACAUUUUUAGAGAAAGUUUGAAUGAUUUUCUGCACAAGAAAAAUGAAUGAACUUUUAUCUAAAUUCUUAGAAAACAUCUGGUUGAAUAGUUAAGGUGAAGAGAUUGGGAAGGUUUUUCUAAGGUUUAAAAUAACUUUCAAACUUGAUACCUUUUUCACUAAGUUUUAAACUUGGUAUACUGGUAAUGAUAUCAAAACCAAUAAUAAGGUUUUUCUGGGGAAGUAGAGAUCCUAAAAUCUUUUGAGUUAUUUGACAACCUAGGAAGAUUUGAAGGGUAACAAGGUUACUGAUAAAGUUUGUAGAGAAUACAUUUCCAUCAAGGUUACUGAUAAAGUCUGUAGAGAAUACAUUUCCAUCAGUGAUUUUGAAGAAGGUUUUCUAUUUUGUCCAAAGGUUUUUGAGUAAGAUAAGGGGGUUUGCUAUGGUUUGGGCUGCACCAGUGUCAAAAAAGGUUGUGAUUGUUAUGAGAGAAGAAUGUUUAUGAGGGAAGAUCUCAACUGGAGAUAAAGGUAAUUUUGGAGGUUGGAGAGUUUGGAUCUUUUAAAGUUUUUGGACUGACAUAUACUCAUAACAUUGAUCAUCUGUGAAGUCAUCUAAGUAUUCUGAGUAAUUUGAAUUUUCAAACUCAUCAUCAAACUGCUUAAUCAUAAACAUGGAUCUUUCAUUCUACUCAUUGUCAAGAGAGAAAAUUGAUUCAAGAUCAUCAUCUGAGAGAUUGAUACCAGAGAUAUUAGCAAUGUCUUGGAUCAUUUUGACUGAUUUUUGUUUAACUUUGGGUAAUUUUUUGAAAAUGUCUUGAUUUUUGACAAAAAAAUAUUUUGAACAUUUGAUCUUUGGGUACUUCUUCCUUCUUGUAAACUUGAAUAUUUGAAAUCUUCUGGGCUUAUCAUCAUAUUUGAAGUGCUUCUUAUUUCUGGGUCUGGAGAAUAUUGAAGGUUUGGAAGGUCUGAAUCUUCUGAAAAUCUUCUUUUUCUUGUUACAACAAAAACAUGUGGGAUCUUAGGAAGAACAUUUGAUUUGAAGGCCUGAAGAGGAGUAAGAUCAUGGCUUUUCUAACUUUUUUGAGUUGUUCACCAAAGUUUUGAUGUAUCUAUAUUCUUUGCAAAUCUUGUCAAGUGCUUUCAAUAUCAUCUUAUAGAUAUCUUCAAGGGUCAUAGAUCUAACAUUAAAAGAUCUAAGGUUUAACUGGGUCUUUGUUUGCUGUGCAAGUUUUUCUGGAAUAAAAUUGAGAAAGGCUUGCUUUAAGUUGACAUCAUCAAAUUCAUCAAGUUUGUAAAAAUACUGGGUGAAUUGUUGAUAGUGUCUGUCAAGGUCUUUUGGAUGGAGAAAAUAACAUUUUAGUUUGAAGAAUUGUUCUCUAAUCUUUUCCAAUCUCUGAGUUUUUUUUCCAUAAAAAUUGUUGUAAAUUGAUAGACAACUUAUGUGAUUUUCGGGCAUUGAAGAAACUGGAGUUGUCUAUAUUCACCAAUAUUGUCCCAAAAGUUUUUCAGAGUUUCAACUAGUCUGAAAACAAAUCUGACCAAUAUUGUGUUCAUCGUAACAUUGAGAUGAGAGUUUAAUUUAACUAGUCCUCAUGCUAAGAACUCUUGAAACCUUGAGGGCCAUUUUGAAGGAGGAAUAUCAUCAAUGGUAAAAAAUGAAAACUUUGAUGUCGAAGGAGGAACAUGUGAUUGUUGUGGAGAAGGUUGUUGUUCAGUGUCCAUUGUAUCAGGGUUGUGAACUUCUGGAGUAUCAUCUGAAGUUCAACUGUUGGUUCUGUCAUUAAGAUCUGAAGGAGCAUUAUCUCAUAUGAGUCAUCAAUAUCAUCUGCUUCAACUGAGUCAUCUGAUUUGACAGUGUCUAUGUGGGAUUCAGUCUCAAAGGUAGAAGGUAAAAUAUCUUCAAGGGAGAAUUAAGGGAGAUUGUUUUGUGCCAUUUGAUGAAGUAUUUCUGGAAGGGUUUGUGUAGGAGAAAUCAUGAGUUGUAUAGAUUUUUGGUUUGGUUGUGGUGUAAGGUUUUGAGGUGUGGAACUUGAGCUUGAUUUUGGUUUUAAAGGUUGAAAAAGUGGUUGUUCUGCAACUCUUUUUGGUUUUGGAUCAACUAGUUAUUUUUUUUCGAAAUCUAUGAAUCUAUUUUUUAGUUAUACCAAAAGGGGUUGUUCUGGUUGGUCUGAGAUAUGAGUGAAGUAUUAUGUUGGUUGUGAGGAUGUUGGGAUGGAUGUUGGGGGAGGUUUGUACUGAAAAGGUGUGAAAAAAGGUUUUGGAGGUGAGGUUAGAGGAUUGUAUGAUUGAAAUAGAGGAUGAGUAUAAGCUUGGUAAUGAGUCUCAUGCAUGCCAGUGUGAAGUGGUGUGAAGAUGUUGUAACUAGAGGCUGCCUGUUAUUGUUGUUGUUUCUGAUGAAACUGGUUUUGAAGGUCUAUCAGUUGAAUCUUUAGGCUCUUCAUUUCUUUCUCUUUCAGUGAAAGCAUAAGUGAAUCCAGUGUUGGUUUCAACCAUACAUCUGAGUUCUUGAUCAAGUGUUAUGAUCUUUGUAUGAAUUUUAAGAAUAAUAUUUUAAAGAUUAACAAGGCUCUGAUCAAAAUGGUGACUAAAUUUGUCCAACUUGUGUUCAAU